UGGAAGAACUACUGAACAUUCUACGUGUGCAGUCAGUCCUGGACAGGGUUACAGAGCAGAACCUACAGGGGGAAAAACAAGCAGAGCUCCUGUUUGAGGAGGUGCCGGAGGAGGAGGUCAGGAGGAGCAGCACCCCCAUUAAGACAGCCCGAAGAGUGGAACAGACUUUCAAAAAGAUAGAACAGCUACAGACUCAAAUGGUUUCUCUGGAGAGUGAGAUUGUGCGGCUGCGAGAUGACAAUCAAGCGCUACAGGAAAUGAACAGAGGGCUGGCUGGAGAGAGGGGUGAUAUGCAGGCCGAAAUUCAGCUACUCCAGCAACGCGCGGUCGUUCGGGCAGCAGAGGACACUCAAGCUAGAGCCGAACGGGACAGACUGCUCGCACAGCUUCAGAACUUCAAGAGAGAGGCGGAGAGUGCCAUCAAAGUGGCAAACCAGGCCAGAAGCAGGCUACUGAAGCUCCGACAGGAACUGGGAGUGCUUCGAGCGGAGCGAGAUUUCCAUCGGUCUUCGGCUCUGAGCAAAGCGAAAGCUUUCGCGCUGACUAACAACAGGUUCCGGUCCAGAAAGGCCUCCAGUGGUACAGGCGCGCAUUCCAAACAGAACAGGAUGGACAGUCCCUCCAAGGACGACUGGGAGGACAUGAGUGCAGACAGUGAAAAUGAAGAGUUCUCUGACAGUCUAGAAAGUCGAUACUCUGCUCCGACCAGUCAAGCACCUCGGAGAACUAAGGUCUCCAGGUACAUGCUGAUUUGCCCCAUAGACAGGCCUGAGGAGGAUUUACGUUUGGCCCGGUCUCACACCGGAAACAUUCAAUUCCAAGGUCCCUCCCGGCAAAUGUCGAGAAGGAGAAAAAAACAGACUUCUGGUGUUUUGCGGCAGCGGCUUCUGUCCCUCCAGCAGCAGGUUACUGCGCUUCAGGCCGACAAAAGAGCAGCGCAGCAGCUCGCCACAGAGCAGAACCGCAGACACGCUCAAGCACAAGUGCAACUGGACUCACUUCUCAAGCAACUCAGCGCAACAGAGCUCCUGUUUGAGGAGGUGCCGGAGGAGGAGGUCAGGAGGAGCAGCACCCCCAUUAAGACAGCCCGAAGAGUGGAACAGACUUUCAAAAAGAUAGAACAGCUACAGACUCAAAUGGUUUCUCUGGAGAGUGAGAUUGUGCGGCUGCGAGAUGACAAUCAAGCGCUACAGGAAAUGAACAGAGGGCUGGCUGGAGAGAGGGGUGAUAUGCAGGCCGAAAUUCAGCUACUCCAGCAACGCGCGGUCGUUCGGGCAGCAGAGGACACUCAAGCUAGAGCCGAACGGGACAGACUGCUCGCACAGCUUCAGAACUUCAAGAGAGAGGCGGAGAGUGCCAUCAAAGUGGCAAACCAGGCCAGAAGCAGGCUACUGAAGCUCCGACAGGAACUGGGAGUGCUUCGAGCGGAGCGAGAUUUCCAUCGGUCUUCGGCUCUGAGCAAAGCGAAAGCUUUCGCGCUGACUAACAACAGGUUCCGGUCCAGAAAGGCCUCCAGUGGUACAGGCGCGCAUUCCAAACAGAACAGGAUGGACAGUCCCUCCAAGGACGACUGGGAGGACAUGAGUGCAGACAGUGAAAAUGAAGAGUUCUCUGACAGUCUAGAAAGUCGAUACUCUGCUCCGACCAGUCAAGCACCUCGGAGAACUAAGGUCUCCAGGUACAUGCUGAUUUGCCCCAUAGACAGGCCUGAGGAGGAUUUACGUUUGGCCCGGUCUCACACCGGAAACAUUCAAUUCCAAGGUCCCUCCCGGCAAAUGUCGAGAAGGAGAAAAAAACAGACUUCUGGUGUUUUGCGGCAGCGGCUUCUGUCCCUCCAGCAGCAGGUUACUGCGCUUCAGGCCGACAAAAGAGCAGCGCAGCAGCUCGCCACAGAGCAGAACCGCAGACACGCUCAAGCACAAGUGCAACUGGACUCACUUCUCAAGCAACUCAGCGCAAGCAAGCAGCUCUCAAAGAAGCAGGCAUGCGAGCUGGCCGGUGUGGAGCAGCAGAAGGCGUCUCUGAAGAUGGAGCUGGAGCAGUGGAGACAAAUACGGCAGCAAAUGACAGCCAACCCCCCCGCUGUAGACCCCGAGCACCUGCAGACCCAAGUCAAACAGCUUACACACCAACUCAAGAGCACCAGCAGUGAGAUGAGCAAACACAGUGCUGCUAACAAGAGCCUGAGGGCACAGUUAGAUGAAAGAGAUCAGACAGUGAAGGAACUGCACGAGAGGGUCAGCAUGUUAGAGAGAGAUGUAACAAUGAAAAGGCAGCUUUUGGAAGAUCUCAGGAGCAGACUAAAGAUCUGUCAGGUCUCUGAGAGGAGUCACAGAGCGCUCACCGAAGACCUGGAGAAGAAAAUAAUAUCGCUAUCAGAAGAGUCGACUAACCGGAAAGCUCUGGUCGAUUCUCUGAAGAGAAGACUGACAGUUGCAACGGAGGAAAAGAAACAACAUAUGACAACCAGCCAAAAACUCAAAGAGGAGCUACAGAAAAGGGAGCAGAGACUGGCUGUCCUGCAAGCGCGGGUAGCGGAGUGUGAUCAGGCCAUGGCUGAGUUGGAGCAGGCUGCUUCUAAACAGAUGCACGGUUUGGUCCAGCAGAGCACACAGACUCUGGAAAUAAUGCAGAGUAAACUCACGCUGGCUGAAUCUCAGCUGCAUCAACUCCGCACAUUCAUCGAGGCACUGGCUCACGAAGUGGCACGGGAGGUGGACGACACUAAAGCACGUUUGAGGAGGAAACAGAAGAGUUUAAAUGAAGGAAACAGAGUGCCUAAAUGCUCACUAGAGAAAGCUGCAUCUAUACUCAACAUGACAGAGACUGACCUGGUGGACAUGCUUGAAACGGAUGAGUGUGAGGAGGCGUGUGCAGGUCGUGGGGCAGAGACAAAUUGGACCGAGCUUUUUCAACAAAUCCUACAGCAGCAGAUCCCCUCUGCAGGCCUGCUGAUGGACGCCAUGCUGGUGAAGAUGAAGGAAGGCAAAGUGCUGACAGAGGAACUGGCCGCACUGCAAGCUGCAGUCAGCAAAAACGCCUGACCAGAGGAAAAAAAGACAGGGGGGAGCUGGAGUCUGUAAGAUGGAGUGUGUGCCCUGCUUGGCAGUGGAUGGCCCUUGUCUAUGCAGCACUCCACCCGUUGCUCUGCUCCUACAUCCUUGUAGUCCUGUGCCUCCGAGAACAAACAGAUUUAUUCUUGGGCUAAAUAAUUCAAUGCAUUGAUUCGCCUCCAAAAAAAAAACAUCUGUUUGCACACCGAUAAAAUGAUGCAAGACUUGCAUCGUUUUGGGUUUUUUUUACAUUUCCACAUUGCGGAAAUCACAAAUGACUUUAAUGAGAAGCAAAAUAGAUUAUUAUCGAUAUGGUGUUUAAUGAAGUAUAAAUUAUUGUGCGCUUGAUGUUUUGAUUUGAGUGUACAAUGUUUUAGACACGUGUGUUUAUGUCUGCGUAAACGCAACACAAUGUACAGUACGUUUGACCCCAGCAAACAAAACAGCGAUAGUUUAGCAGUACACACAAUCAAGGUGCUAAAAUUGCAUAAUUUUCAUAAAAUUAUAUUCAUACUACCGAGAAAUGCCUUAAAAGUAUUUCUGAGGAAAAAAUAAAAAUGUGCAUUCCGUCGAUACACUUUUUGUCUCAUUCUUUUGCGUUUACUUAAAUGGAUCGUUGGGGUAGGAUUGUUUUUAACAAUUUAUGUACCCGUCAUUAUUGGCUGGAUCAACUCCAGAAAAGGAGCCCUUAACAUUUAUGCGUUAGAAUUAUCAAUUAUCGUACGAUUUGAUAUUAACUGAUUUAAACUUGAGGUAGACAGUAUGUUAUAUGUUGUAUAGAAUUUCUAUGAUGUUUUAGGAACUAGUUGUGGGUCAACCGUGUUAAUUGUAAUCAAGGAAAAUCUAUUUCAUGAAAGACGUUAUCAAGGACAGAAAUUGAUGGGAGAGUUAUUUUGUUUGCAUCAAAAUAUUUUCAGAAUA